UUCAUUCAUUCCAUCAACUGGUAAUGGGAUUGUUUGCAUAAACGGAAUGCAUUUCCCCAUAACUAGUGUGGCUGUUUUUAUGGUGAUAUGAGUAGACUGAAGAAGCACUCUAUCGUUGUUAUGUUUUGCUUAUUGAAUAGCUAGUAAAACUAACCAAAGCACUAAUAGAAAAAAUAAUAAUUUUACCAAGAUGUUAUAUGCUCAUUUUUUAUUUUACCCAGUAAAUGUAUUUGGGUCCCAGAGAGUGGAAAUGCAUAUUGGUCACGUUCAAAAGCCAUUUUUUAAAACACCCAUUCCUAACUGAAUCUUUUUAAAGAAGAAUUUCUCCACAUUGCUGUGGAGGAAUUGUGGCCCACUCUGCUUUCCAGAAUCUUUCUACUUUAGCCACAUUGUAGAGGUUUUUAAGAGCAUGGCACAGCAUCUCAGUUUGAUUUAAGUUGACUGAAUUUGACAAGACCACUCCAACACCUGCAUUUAUUAUUAUUUUGUGAACAGUUCAGUAAUGGCCUUAAUGGUGUAUUUGUGUGCACUGUGCUGCUGCUUAACCCAAGGGUGUGUAAGGUCACAGAUUGCUGGCCAGACAUUCUCCUUCCCGAUUCCCUGGGUAAGGAAGAGGAUGGAUGGUUCCAUCAGUCACAAGUCAUCCAGGUCCUGAAGCAGUAAAACAGCCCCAGACCAUCAACAUACCACCAAGUAAGUUGUUUUACUGUCAAUAUGGUAAGGUUAGUCUGAAAUACUGUUAUAAGUGAUGUAAUAAUGCCAAUCUAAAAUGGUCCACUUCUGUUUUGUCAGUGUGCAAAAUAUUUUCCCCAGGGUGUUCUCUCUUGGAUGCCAUUUUUGCCUUAACUCUUAUUGUUAAAGCAUAAACACAGAACUGAUACCAGUCUGCCAUUAUGUAGGUGUUCUGGGUUCUUUUGUGACAUGGGUAAAUUUUCAGUGACCUCUUGGAGUAAUUUUGGUAAGCCGGUUCACCGCUGUUCCAAGGCAUCUGUGGAUAAUGGUGCUCAUUGUGGUUCUUUGUCAAACGUUACUGACUUUGUUUCUCAUUUGUUCUUAAAUUUCUAUAGACCGGUGUAUGUGUUGCUUUUUAAGAUCCGUAAGCCUACUUCAUGUCAGAUAGGUACUCUAUAAUGUAUUUCUUCAAAGGUAAAUCAGAUCUGAGUGUGGAUAAGGAACUUAAACUCAGCUUUCCAAAAAAUGUAGUUACCCAAAUGCAUUAACUGUGAUUAACAUUUGUUUUCCUGCCACUGUUUACUAGAACUGAGAUCGUCUCCGUGUGAGUCCAUCACCAUGUUUAACCCCUGAACAGUAAGCAGAACAGAAAAGAAAGGAGGAGAGUGAGAAUUAAAAGAAGAAUAAAAUAGAAAAAUGGCUAAGAAGAAAUUAGUCGUUACACAGCCUGUGACUUAUUUUACCUGGACUGGGCGUAAUCGUUCAAAAAUUCACAAAAUCAAUAGGAAUUCAGAUAGGACACUUAUCAGGCAGUCUUUGAAUCCAGCGAUCUGCUCACAUGAAUUUUGGCUGUUGGACAGAGAAAAUAGUGCGGCCACAGACUCUGGCCAACAUGCCAAAAACAGCAACGACUUCGGUCUAAACGCCGAACUUCCCGGACUAUCUCGUGUUGGGAAGGCGUGGAAUAUCAUGGAAACAAGUGACCUACCCGGGCGUGUCGUCAAACCCGCAGUGAAUUUCGACACUCACGCCUCGGCUCUGCUAUUUCCAGGUUAAUGUAACUGUGUUCUGUAGGUUUCAACAGAAGGACCAUAAGGAAGGAUAAUGGAGCUGCUUCUAAUAGGCUUUUACAUGAUCUUGAAUGUUCCCUAAACCUGCUGAGAACCUCGAAGAUGAGACCAGCAAAUCCUCCUGCUCCUCCACCUCCUCCUCCUCCUCUACCACCACCACCUCCCCCACCACCACCUCCAGCUUCUGGACUUCCCCAGCAUGGAGGUGGCCUCAUGGACUGGGGAGACCGCCGGCGGUCCAGGAUGCGCAAUUUUAACUGGGAAACUCUUCCUAAACAUAGUGUGAUAGGAAAGCACAACAUCUGGACAGCAGAUAAGACCAAUGGGCAGUAUGAGCUGGACACUGAUCACAUGGAGGAGUUGUUUAGCCACAACAAUGGUCAGCCACAUCCAAAGGGCCUGAACCGCUCAAGUGUAAGGGGGCAGCUACCUUCUGGCUCUGGAGGAGAGAUGGUUACUAUCCUCAGCUCCAAGAGGAGCAUGAACAUUGGAAUAUUCCUGAAGCAGUUCAAGCGGCCUGUAAAGGAUCUGAUUCAAGACAUUCAGUCAGGAAAUGGGCUCAGUUUUGGCACAGGAAAGCUGCGGGAGAUGUGCAAGUUGCUGCCAGAUGAAGCAGAGAUGAAGCAGUUGGUGGGUUUCAAAGGCGACCCGAAGGCCCUUCCUGAAGCUGAUCUUUUUAUGCUAAUGCUAAUAAAGAUGCCCAGUUAUGAAGAGCGUCUGAGCUGCUUGGUGCUGAAGGAGGAAUUAUUCGCUCUCAUGAAUGAAAUAAGAGAAUUCAUUGGUACUCUGACAUCAGCUGGGAAAGAGCUGUUGGAGUGUGAUAAUCUACAUUCUGUCAUUCACUUGGUGCUGAAAACAGGAAAUUACAUGAAUGCUGGUGGCUAUGCAGGCAGUGCAGUCGGCUUCCGUAUGUCAUCUCUCCUGAAGUUGGCGGAUACCAAAGCAAACAAACCUGGAAUGAAUCUUAUGCAUUACGUUGUGAUGCAAGCACAGAAGGUCGAUGUGGCGCUGCUUAAAUUCCCAGAACAACUCAAACACAUUGAAGCUGCAGCAAGGAUAACUAAAGGUGACAUUGAAGCUGAGAUUGAAAGACAGAAGAAGAAGGUACAAGUCGCCAAAGCAGACACCUUGAAACAGGAAGAACUAAAGGCGCAGAUGGAGGAUUUUCUGAAGGAAGCGGAUGUUUGUUUGGAAGAAAUAGAGACUGAUUUUGAGGAACUGCAGGCUGUAAGUGACUCUGUGUCUGAGUACUUCUGUGAAGACCCCACGACUUUUAGACUGGAGGAAUGUUGUUCCAUCUUUCAAUCUUUCUGCCAAAGGUUUAUCCGGGCUAUGCAGGAAAACAAGGCCAGAGAGAUGGCCGAGAUAAAACGGAAACACAUCGAUAGAUUACAGAGUGCAGCCAAGCGCCGGUCCACUGCGACCUGUUCAAGUAGAGACAAGGAAAUGGAGGGUAUUGCAUUAGAGUAUGUUCUGCAGAACGUUCUAACUGAUCGCGUCUCUAGGAGGAGAUCAGGAAAGUCUUCAUCAAACAAUGGAAGCCCCACAAGAGGGAGCCCAGUUAAUGGGAGCCUGUCAGAGAUCAGUUCUCAGAAAAACCUUCCAACUGGAACUAUGAACCACAGGAACACUUUCAGAGAAAAUAACCAGUUCAAAAAAGAGUGGAAUUCUGCAACUGAACUCACACAGAACUUCUCACAAAAGCAAGCACAGUCACAUGUUGAAGACAAUAACUCAAAGAACAUGGCUACUUAUGAAGAAAAGAGAAAAAUGUUCAAAAGAGAGUAUUUUCAGGACUUAACGAGCCAAUCCAAAGCAACUCCCAGCCCUCUGCCCACAAUUAGGUCUUUCUCUGCCACCAGUGAUGAUGAUGAGGAGGAAGAUUUACAAGACAAUAAUGAGGAAGAGGCUCAGAAGUUGCGUGAAGCCUCUAAAAAGGUUUUGCAGUACCAGAACAGUCGUGGAAGUACCUCCUCUGUGGAUCACUCUCUGGAAAACCAGAAAUCCCCUCCUGCCAGAAAGAACAUGGCUCGUCAGCUCACCUUUGAUGAAGAAACGCAAAGGUAUCCUGGAGACCCAACAGAUGAGGAUUUGAUUCGGUUUUUGAUUGGCCCUCAGUCCUCCACAAAACGCAACCUUGGCCGCCGCAACACCCUUCCUACUAAUGUUUCUAAAACUCAGGGAGAGGAAGAAAAUCUGCAGCCUCAGGCUACAGCUGGAAGUCCAGAUCAUCCGGCACAAAUCAAAGAACCCCAGCCAGGACAGGAUGUUGGACACACACCUUCAAAACCAGCUUUUGAUUUCACUGACACUUCUAUCAAGAUAAAGCAAUCUCAUAGUCUGGAUCAGAGCUCUCCAUCUGCGGAAAAGAAAAGUAAACCAAAUGGUUCUUCAGGCCUGUUGUCAGAAGGAGGGCUUCAGGAAAACCAAGAACAAAAGUCAAUGGAGUACACAGACAGCCACCAACAGACUAUUGUUGAAAACAUUCUCCCCAGGAGUGUGUGGUUUAAGACUGAAACCUCUGGAUCUUUUUUCAGCUUUUUAAGACGCCUUGGAGAUAUAAGCAAAUCACCCAACAGCAAAGAAACCACUCCAAAGGGCUCAGAUUCCAGUGUGUAGGCUAUAAAAAUAUUCAUAAAUGAUGAAUAUAAACGUAAUUUAUGUGUUACCUAAUCAGAGAUAAAUAUAAUGAUUAAUUACUCGUUAGGUCAUAACAGUUUAGCAUUUUUAUUUUUGAAUUUGAUAGAAGGUUUAAGAUAUGAAGAAAGUUGUGAAUAAUUGUUUGGCGAAUGUUUUAUUAAAAGAAGGUAUUUUGCAUGUUUUACCACUAGAUGGCGAGAGUUGACACUAAGUAAGUUGUAGAGGCUUUGAGACUUUGCAGGCAGUUUGUAAGUUGUUGAUUGCUAAAAGAAAGACACACAUAUUGUAAGACUUUUCCAUUUAUUAAAAAAAAAAAUCUUUGAACAUAUUUACAUUCAAUCACACGUUGAAUAAAUUAGGAAAUCUUACAUUGUGUGUACUUAGUCUGGAUUAAACCAAACAGAAAGUACAGAGGAAGUGCUGAGAGUGUUAAGGUUAGAAUUCAGAAAAGAAAAUGUGUUAACAUUUCUAUUUGUUUAUUUUUUCUGUAGUGUUUAAACGUAAUGUAAGUUUGUUUACAGUUAAUUUAACAUAGUGCAAUGAUUUGUAUUUGUAAGCUCUGAUUCCUCUGAUUCCCAGCCUUGUUGCUGUUGAAGCUCAGCAGAGUGGCAGACGCUUGUCGCUGCUCUCAGUCACGCUGAAUUCAGCUAUUGUUUUUACGUGAAAUGGGUCAGUGUUACAAAGGCUGCCUGUAUUUGAGGCGAGCUGAAUGAGGGGCAGUAUUCGUCAAAGAGAAGAAUGUCGAAUCUAACUUGAGAAGAUAUGUUUCAUAUUGUUAAAAACAAAACACUUUAAUGGAAAUAAUAUAAGAGAACCUGUGAUCCUACAGCACAGCUAAAUACACCUCCAUUGUCCACCUUUAAUUUGGAGAAGAGGCAAAAGGUAGCAUAUGAGUUCCUAAGGUGUCUUCAACUUUUGUAAACUCUUGCAACGUGACUAAGAUUAUCCAACUGGUUUCACGCUUCAUUUGCCUGUCCCACUUAUGAGCAACUACGAUGUAAUGAGAAUGAGCUAAUAUUUGUAAUAGAAUAUUAAAAUGACUGAGAUGUAUUCACUUUCAAAUGACAAAGAACAUUGUGAAUUAGGUUGUGUAGUGUCAGUUUCUUUGUAGCACUAUCAGUAUGUAGGAAGAAAUAAAUUCAGUAAAUAAGAUUAGUAUGCAUAUAUAAAAAGCAGUGGUGUGUAGUGUCCCACUAAGUGUAUUUAUGUAUAUUUACAAUCACAAAUUCCAUAUGGAUUUGUACAACCUUAACUCAAAAUUUUAGUAUAGUUAUUUAAUACUAAGUAUAAUAUGUGAUAAUUUUUUUUCCAAUUGUGUUUGAUUUAUUAAAAAUAUGAAAAUGA